AUUGGAUUUUUAGUACGCUCGUGAUCUUCGGAACGUAAAGUCGCGUGGCUUUAGUGUGCCGUCGCGUUUCGGAAUCGGAUUUUUGAUUUUCUUCCUCGUGUCGCAGGAAAAACCUGCACCCGGUGUGGUAGCGCGUUUGAAACUCCGCUGAACGGACAAAUUUUCCACCCCUUCCGCCCUUCUAGAUGGGGAUUUGUGGGGGUGAAGACGCCCGCCGUGAUUGUGUAUAUCUGCCCACGUGCAUCCAGCAAAAAUAGGAUAAGCCGGGACAACGACAUGAAGGCGAAAGAACAAAAAGCAAAAAAAGCAGUAAUUUAUAGCUGCUUGGGCGAUUAAGGGCACCACGGAACAAGCGGUGUCCUUCUUCCUUCGUCCGCUCUUCGGAAUCGUGUGUGCUGAAUGUACUAUUUGGUGACGCGAGCAAUGAUUGUGCUAUGAAGCGAAUGAAAGAAAAGUUGAUGAUGACAAUGAUAAUAAUGAUUAUGAUAGCUGUCUGAGUACGUGAACAUACGUUCAUGCAUACACAACGCGUCGUCGGUGGGAAAGAACCAGACCCAGGACAACGUUGAAUCCAGAAGCGACAAUCGGAAGUGAGGUGAUAUUAGAAAUGAAAAUUGCUAUGUUCAAUCAAGUUUAUGUAAUGGAUUGUGACGAGAGUGUGCUUUUUGUUGAGUGCGAUGCGAUAAUUCGUUGAUGGUGUUGAUCGUGGGAAAAUCAUACUAAAUUAUAAAUGGAAUAAAUUGUCCGAAAUUCGCCAGACAGCCGUGUUGAAGUGAUGCUUGUUGACUUAAUCGGCUGCGGCAUAGAGUGGGUUUAUAGUGAUGGUUUGAGCAUAGAGGAGAGUUUUUUCCUGCAUAAAACUGCAAUGUAUAACGAGUCCAGCAAUUCAGUGAAAGAGUGAUCAACACGUUUGUUUUAAUCCGGAGUGAAGUUUCGCGGGUGUUAUCCUUUAAUUGAGUACUCAAGUGAGUUCAUUUUAAAUUCAUGGAAUAAAUUAUACGAUAUUUCCCGAUUUUACGGAAACCGCCCAUGAUUGUCGUUUGCAACAACCGUCGUUGCCGCUGCUGUCGGCAUUAUCGUGGUCCAGAAGAGUUGCACCAGCGACAAUGUUCGUCGCUAAUGCCGGCAACUUCAAAGGAUUGCCAGGGAACACCCGAGCAGCCUAACAGCUACCAGCAGCUUUCACGAUAGGGUACGUGCAGGAUGUUGUGCUCUUUCCCUUCUCGUGCGACGAGUCGACAGUGUUCGCCAGGAGGGGCAGUCGAUCGGACUGCGGCAUACAAAACAAAACACUGGUGCUGUUGAUGAUGACAAUGAUGGUUGAUACUUUUCCACUUUGCUCGUUUUUAUUACUCUUAGCGACUUACGUAUAAUUCGAUUCCCAUGGUUUUGGGGUGGAUACUGUCCGGAUGUGGAUGUGGGGGCCAGUGGUGAAAAACUGAACAAUAAAGGAGGACAUCGAGUACAGGGCAUCAACAAGGAAAUAAUGUUUCUGUUGUUGACACUUUGGCUGAUGUACUAAACAGAGUGAAGUAUGUUUACGUCCCGCGAACCGAAUCGAAAAGUGGUCGUUGGCAUUUUAGAAAGUUGACGCGACAGAAGGAAGAACACAAGAAUCGAAUGAUAAUAAUUCAUCUUCCGCUCGAACGAAGUGGAGUUGACUAGGAAAAAUGAAGCCACACGUUUGCUGUUGCGACAUCAAUAGGAAAACAAAAAGUGGUAUAAUAACAGCAAAAUGUGAAACAAUGUGCUUAGGUUUGGAUUCUUAGUUUUUAGUCAGCAAAAUCUGACACGUGAUGGCGUUUUGCCGGCAACAUGAAGAUCAUCGUCAUCGUCGUCGAGAACUAUCGGUGAGAAAACUGGCGCAGAUGGCCGAGGUGUCGAGAGGUGAAUCGCGUGGAAAAUGUGCACCAUCAAUGGCAGCCGAUUUGCCCGGGCGAGGGAAAACUCCGGGCCGGUUUGAUUCGAGUAGUGCAGAUAGCAAAAAAAGUGAUAAGGAGCUGAAUAAACCCGAGCAUGGUUUUGCCAGUGCACUCGAAACGGCUAUUCGAACAGCAAUGUUGUUAGCUGUAGUUGCCCUGGUGAUGACAUUUCCAGUCUGCGACGGAACCUAUGCCGAUGCCGAGGAUCUUAUUAAUGAGCUGGACCGACCAAUUCCUAUCACGUUGGUGAGCGGUGUGCUCGGCAAACAGGCUAGUCUUCCAUGUGACAUCCGACCGCUGGAGCGGGACGACGCGGUGUACAUGGUACUGUGGUUCAAGGAGGAGGACAACGAGCCACUUUACAAUUUCGACAUCCGGGGCCGGCAGGUGGCGCAGGCACGUCUUUUCUCGUCGGAAAAGUACUUCGGCAAGCGGGCGUUCUUUCGAGCGACCACCCAUCCGGCGCAGUUGCUAGUCGACGAACUAAAACUCUCGGACGAAGGCAUUUACCGGUGUCGGGUGGACUUUCGUAACUCACCCACGAGGAACGUUAAAAUUAACUUUACAGUCGUAGUUCCGCCCGAUCGACCAGUAAUAUAUGAUUCUCGGCGCCGGGAGAAAACCAACACGGUCGAACCGUACAGUGAAGGGAGCGACAUCCAACUGGUUUGCGAGGUGAAGGGAGGUCGGCCUAGGCCUAAUGUCACAUGGUACCUGGACAACACUGUGAUAGACGAAUCGUACGAAACCAGACCGGACGGUACAACGGUCAAUCAUCUUUCCUACCCGAACAUAGGGCGACAGCAUCUGGACGCUCGAUUGAUGUGCGUUGCCAGUAACACCAAUCUAACACCUCCGAAUAAUAAAGUUGUGGUUUUGGACGUCAACCUGAAACCAGUGGCUGUGCACAUUCUGAUCAAGGAAAAAUUCGUUUCCGCCGAUAAACGGUACGAUAUCGAGUGUAAGAGCUCCGGGUCUCGACCGGAAGCGGUCAUUUCCUGGUGGAAGGCAACUCGGCAGUUGAAGCGGCUGAGCAAAAACUUCGCCGAAACCGGAAACCAAUCGCUAAGCGUUCUCUCGUUUACACCCGCGGUGGAGGAUGACGGGAAGUAUCUAACCUGCCGGGCGGAAAAUCCUCUCAUCCCGGACAGUGCCAUCGAAGAUAAAUGGAGGCUCGUGGUUCAUUAUAUGCCAAUUGUUACACUGAAGAUGGGAUCAUCGUUAAACCCAGACGACAUCAAGGAGGGCGAUGAUAUAUACUUCGACUGCCACAUCCAGUCGAAUCCAAAACCGUACAAACUGGCAUGGUAUCAUAACGGCAACGAAUUGCACCACAACGUUACAGCUGGCAUUAUCCUGUCCGAUCACUCGCUUGCUCUGCAGAGCGUCUCCCGAAAUCUGGCAGGCGAUUACACCUGUAUGGCUGCUAACACUGAAGGACGUGGAACCAGUACCCAUGUCACAUUACGUGUUCGCUAUGCACCGGUGUGCGCAACGGACCGUGAAGAGUUGCUCGGUGCACUCAAGCACGAAACGGUGCAGCUCAAGUGUGAGGUGGAUGCAUCUCCCCCGGCGGAAUCCUUUCAUUGGACUUUCAACUCAUCCGGCGAGCAAACAGAGCUACCGGCGAGGCUGCAUUCGAGCGAGUCUGGCUUAUCGCGACUCAAUUACACACCCACCUCGGAUUUGGACUACGGCACGAUAUCCUGCUGGGGGCGAAACGCCAUCGGGGUGCAGAAAGCGCCGUGCAUAUUUCAGGUCGUAGCAGCAGGACGACCGUUUGCACUGCAGAACUGUACGAUAUCAAACCAAUCGUCUGACUCGCUACACAUCGAAUGUAUCGAAGGAUUCGACGGUGGUCUUCCUCAGCUGUUUCUUCUAGAGCUGGUCGAAGUGCCCACUUCGAGACUGGUCAGAAAUUUAAGUUUACAGCAUCCUCCGGUGCAAUUUUUCUUAGAUAAUCUGGAGCCCGGCACCUCGUACCGGAUCAUUCUGUUUGCAGCGAAUGCGAAAGGUCGCUCCGAGCCGGUGAUAGUGGAUGAUAUCACCUUCAAGGGUGUAGCCAAGUACACUGGUGUAUCCAACGUUAUGAAUGUUCCUUUAUCGCCAGUAUUAGCCGCAUUAACACUUACUGUAGCGAUCCUGUCCGUCGUAGGCUGCAUCAUAUACGCUACCUUCUAUGCACGAAAUACUAAAAAGAAGUCCACGAAACUGAAGUCAGCCAAAAGCGCACAUCUCUCCUCGACCUCGAAGGACUGCCAAAUUGACUUAUCCGCACACCAUCAGACGCACGAUCCGAACGGGACCCAGACUCCGCUGGUGGAUGGCAGCGGGAAUCACACGCGUCGCAGUCCGCAAACAUCCGGUGAGCCACCCGAGGGGGACGAAACCGAUCCGGAUGUUAUACCUAAUCAAUAUGAGAGGAGGCCACCAAAAGGGACACUUCCAGCGCCGCUGUUCCGCAGUCCAUCAGCAAAGCUGAUAGCACGUAACGGUGGCGAACAUUUGCUCCGCGAUGAAGAGCGCCAUUGUGAUGGAUCUAGUCUGGCUUCGCUGACCGGAUCAAACAAUGAAGUGCAUCAUUACUCUUUUAAGCCUGGUAAACAAAUUAGUUAUGCGACCCUCGGACGAAUGGGCAAUAGUGGCAGCAACGUGCAGUCGACGCUCAGCCCACUAAGCCACCAGCCGCUGUCCGGAAGUACGACGCUACCCUUGCCGGCGAUUGUAGGCGGCGUCGGAGUUGGCGUGACCAGUCUGCUGAGCAGUCCCACUUGUCAGUCGCAUGUUACGUCCACGCUCAAUGAGUACCGGUUUCGACCGGAAGUGGUUACGACAUCCAACCGAAUACAGGAAAGUUGUAUAUAAUAUUUUCUAAGGUGUAUGAUUGUACCGUGCUGGUAGAUGUUUGCGGUUUCUGCGAGUGAGUUUUCCGAUCAAACAAAUUCGCCACCAAAUUUGGUUAUUUACGCAAACAUACAGUAGUUCGCUCUGGCUGAGACGUUCGAGCUACAGGCGGAUAUUAGACGCAGAUGUCUUGUGAGUAUCUGAAAUAUAAAUCAACAAUACUCGACACCUCUAAUUUAAGUAGAUUAUGUAAUAUCAAUGAUGCAAACAAACUAAAAUGUGUACAGAGUAAUCUGGAGCAGCUCUUAGUGAAACCUUUUUUAACGGAAGAGUAAAACUAUGGAAAUUUUGUCCGAAUUUUUAUUUUCCAAUAAAAAACUUUGUGAGCCGAGUGUUUGUCAAUAUUUAUAAGUACACUAGAAACUAGGACAGUAUUAGCGAAAAGAUUGAUUUUAAAAUUCAGUGAAUUAUAUCGUUUCGAAAAACUUCCGACUACUGACUGCGCAAACCAAUGACUUGCGCUUGUAAUCAACAAAGUAAAUGAUUAGGAAAUGGCGUUACUGACUGGACAAUAACCGCACACUAGCCGAAUAUAUUCAAGCGCAAAAGAUAUCAAAUGAGUAUACACGAACAAAAAUCAAUGUGACAGUUUGCACACCUAAACGACUGAAUAUCAUAUCGAUUUUCCGCUAAUUUGGUCAAACAUAGAACAAUUCAUGAAAGCACGAGGGAAAAAACUCUAAAAAAUAAAGUCAACAAGGAAAGAGAUGAACCACCAAAAAUUAUUUUAAGCUGUUUGAAUGAGUGGCGUGAGGCGACUGUGAAGAACGAAAAACUUGUUUGAUGCUGCGUUGAUACUGUGAGCUAUAAGUUAGUAGUCAAGAAGCAUUGCAGAUUAAUUUUGUAAACAAAAUGUAAGCAAACGUAACGAAAAUGUGUAUUAAAAAUGAUGUCAAAAACUUGUGAAAUCUAUAUAAAAAAAAUAAGAACGAGUGUUGAACGAAUCAAUAAAAUCAAGUUUUACGAAAACAA